AUGGCCGGCGAAGAGUUGAGCAAGGAGCAGAUGCUUGCCAGGCUUCACAGCUUCGAGCAUGUCCACCCAGAUUUGGCACCGAUGGCCUACCAGUUGUUUCUCAACAAGAAGGUCAAAAGCAAAGGUCUAGUCAAGGCACAAGCACAUAUCAAGAACAUUCUGGCAGAGCUUUGGGCCUUCAACGCCGAGUCGCACAUGUUCAACGACAAUCCACUUGCUGCACAUAUCAGCGGUUUUGAAGAGCUCGAGCCGGUGCUAGACCUCAUCAGAGCCCGCUUCCACAACCAGGAUACGUGCAAGUAUAACAGGAAUGCCAGCCCCCGCACGCACAGUCAUGUGGUGAUAGGAAUUUAG